AAAUUCACGUUGCCCAUUCUCACUUUCCUCCCCUCCAUUCCUCUCUCUCUCUCUCUCUCUCUCUAUAUAUAUAUAUAUAUGUCUUUGAGCUUCGGAUCCAUCGGAGCUCUUCUGCACCUCUAACGCUUUCAAGUCCAUUGCCUCUUCACUAUCACAUAUUGAUUUGCAUGAGAAUGUGGAAAGAUGGGAAUUAUUGCUCAUUCUUAUCUCAGCAAAUUACUUGAGGUUGUUUGUCCAUAAACCUGAAAGCACGGUUUUUGUUCUCGAACCAGCUGAACUAGUUCGUGCUUCCUAUUGGGCUGACGCUUGACAUUCUUUGUGAUAGUUGAGAACAGUACGAGUAGUUGUGUUGUAGUUCUUGAGGAAAUGGAAAUGAAAACGGAGAACAGAAGGAACAUUUUGAUGCAGAAAUACGAGGUUGGAAGAGUGCUGGGCCAAGGCAAUUUCGCUAAGGUUUACCAUGGUAGGGAUCUGAAAUCUGGACAGAGUGUAGCAAUUAAGGUAAUUAACAAAGAGAAGGUUAUGAUAACCGACAUGGUGAAUCAGACCAAACGGGAGAUAUCUGUCAUGGGAUUGAUCAAACAUCCGAACGUGGUGCAGCUGUACGAGGUAAUGGCCACCAAGUCGAAGAUUUUCCUCGUGUUGGAGUAUGUAAAAGGCGGGGAGCUUUUCAACAAGGUCGCGAAAGGGAGGCUGGUGGAGAGCGUGGCGAGGAAGUACUUUCAGCAGCUGAUUGAUGCUGUGGAAUUCUGCCACAACCGAGGCGUUUAUCAUCGCGAUUUGAAACUGGAAAACCUGCUCCUAGACGAGGAUGGGAACUUGAAGGUGUCUGACUUUGGAUUGAGUGCUUUGGCCGAGUCUAAACAGCAAGACGACUUGCUUCACACCACGUGUGGAACCCCGGCCUACGUUGCACCCGAGGUGAUUAGUAGGAAAGGGUACAACGGUGAGAAGGCUGACAUUUGGUCGUGUGGGGUGAUUUUGUUCGUUUUGCUUGCUGGGUAUCUCCCAUUUCAUAGCUCCAACCUUAUGGAGAUGUACAGGAGAAUAACCAAGGCCGAAUAUAGAUGCCCGAGCUGGUUCCCACAAGAAGUGAGAAGAUUGCUGUCAAAGAUUCUUGAUCCAAACCCCCACACUAGGCUAUCUAUAGCCAAAAUCAAGCAACACUCGUGGUUCAAAGGAGGUUUAGAAGCGAUGACUCUCCAAAUCCCAAACCCUGUUGUUCUUGAUCAUGAUCACGCCCCAGAGGAAAAACAAGAAAUGGCAAUGGCAAUGGCAAAACAUCCUGCUACAUACCUAAACGCGUUCGAGAUCAUCUCUCUCUCAACUGGCUUUGACCUGUCCGGUUUCUUUGUGAGCCUCGACCAAAAGGAGGAAGUGCAAUUCACAUCUGUGCAGCCUAGAUCAGCUAUCAUGGGGAAGUUUGACGAAAUUGCUAGGGAUCUGAAGCUGGAAGUGACACGAGAGGGAGGAGGGACGAGAAUGGUGCUGAAAGGAUCACACGAGGGUGGUGGUGACAACGAAGUAGGAUUUGGGGCUCUCUCCAUUGAUGUUGCAGUUUAUGAAAUAACAUCGUCGUUCUAUUCGGUCGAGAUGAAACGAUCAAGUGGUAGCGUGAUGGAGUAUCAGAACAUGCUGAGACAACAGAUCAGACCAGCCCUCAAAGAAAUCGUUUGGUCUUGGCAAGGAGAGCAAGAUAAUUGUAGCGCAAUCGCUUUGUAAGUUGAUUGUUCUGUGCCCUUGUUUGUCCUAGGCAGCAGUUUGGACUUUGGAGUGUUACUAUAUAUACUUAUGACUAUUAUUAUUACUAUAUAUAUGUUGCAUUUGCCAUGUUCUGAUAUAAAAACUUCAUGUUCUGGAA